UGACCCCGCUCGGCUCCCGUCCCCGCGCAGACAUGGCGGCCACGGUGCUGGUGACCGAGCGGGGCCGCCGGUGCCUGUGGGCGCUGCAGUACCAAAAAUGGAUUUGGGGACAAAGAUGCCUGAAAUUUGCUUCAACAACAGAAAGAAGAAACAUAGAGAAGGUCCUCAUUGCAAACCGAGGAGAAAUUGCAUGCAGAGUGAUGCGGACGGCCAGAAAGAUGGGUGUGAAGUCUGUAGGAGUUUACAGUGAUGCAGACAAGAAUUCCAUGCAUGUUGCAAUGGCAGAUGAAGCAUAUUUCAUUGGUCCAGCUGCCUCUCAGCAGAGCUACUUAGACAUGGAAAAAAUAAUACGAGUGGCCAAAAUAUCAACAGCACAGGCUAUUCAUCCAGGGUAUGGUUUCCUCUCAGAAAACACUGAGUUUGCCGAGCUGUGCAAGCAAGAGGGAAUCAUCUUCAUAGGCCCUCCUUCAUCUGCUAUCAGAGAGAUGGGUAUUAAGAGCACCUCCAAGGCUAUAAUGUCUGCUGCUGGGGUUCCUGUCAUUGAAGGUUAUCAUGGUGAAGAUCAGUCGGAUGAAUGUCUAAAGGAACAUGCCAGGAGUAUUGGGUAUCCAGUAAUGAUUAAAGCAGUUCGUGGAGGCGGAGGAAAGGGUAUGAGAAUUGCUCAGUCAGAAAAGGAGUUUCUGGACCAACUAGAAUCAGCCAGGAGAGAAGCAAAGAAGUCUUUCAAUGAUGAUGCCGUGCUGAUAGAGAAAUUUGUAGACAAUCCAAGGCAUGUUGAAGUCCAGGUGUUUGGUGACCAGCAUGGCAAUGCAGUCUAUUUGUUUGAAAGAGAUUGCAGUGUGCAGAGAAGACACCAGAAAAUCAUUGAAGAAGCUCCUGGGCCAGGAAUUGAGCCUGAAGUGAGAAGGAAACUUGGAGAAGCUGCUGUCAAAGCAGCUAAAGCUGUGAACUACGUGGGAGCAGGAACUGUGGAAUUUAUUAUGGACUCUCAACAUAAUUUCUACUUUAUGGAAAUGAACACCAGGCUUCAAGUGGAGCACCCAGUUACUGAGAUGGUCACAGGGACUGACUUGGUGGAAUGGCAGCUGAGGGUUGCAGCAGGAGAGAAAAUUCCCCUAAUGCAGGAAGAAAUUGCACUCAGUGGCCAUGCAUUUGAAGCCAGGAUAUAUGCUGAAGAUCCUAAUAAUAACUUCAUGCCAGGGGCUGGACCCUUACUCCACUUGUCUACACCACCACCUGACAGUUUUACCAGGAUAGAAACCGGGGUCAGACAAGGUGAUGAAGUUUCUGUACAUUAUGAUCCCAUGAUUGCUAAACUAGUUGUUUGGGCUGAGGAUCGCCAAGCAGCAUUGAGAAAGUUGCGGUACAGCCUCCUUCAGUACAAUAUCGUAGGACUAAGCACCAAUAUUGAUUUCUUACUAAGCCUGUCAGGACACCCACAUUUUGAGGCUGGAAACGUGCACACCAAUUUCAUUUCUCAACACCAUGAUGAACUGUUUCCAGCCAAACAGGCAACCCCAAAUGAAAUUUUGUGUCAGGCUGCUCUGGGACUCAUACUGAGAGAGAAAAUGAUAACAGAUGCUUUUAGAGUUCAGUCUGGUGAUAAAUUCUCACCAUUUGCAUCCAGCAGCGGUAGAAGAAUAAAUAUAUCCUACACCAGAAACCUGACUCUCCUAGAUGGUGAAAACAAUGUGGACAUAAUUAUAAAUUACAAUCAUGACGGUUCAUAUAACAUGCAGAUAAAAGAUGAAGCUUUCCAUGUUUCUGGAGACAUUUCUAAUGACGGAGAUUUGACUUACCUGAGAUGUAUAGUAAACGGGAGUGUUUGUAAAUCUAAGCUGGUCAUUUUGGACAACACUAUUUGCCUCUUCUCACUGAAAGGCAGUGCACAAAUUGGGCUUCCAGUACCUAAAUACUUAUCUGGAGCGAGUGCAACAGGAACUCAAGGAGGUGCUAUAGCACCUAUGACUGGGACAAUUGAAAAGGUAUUUGUGAAAGCAGGGGACAAGGUGCAAGCUGGAGACCCUCUAAUGGUUAUGAUAGCUAUGAAAAUGGAGCAUACCAUAAGGGCUCCAAAGGCAGGAAUAAUAAAGAAGGUUAAUUACCAAGAAGGCUCUCAGGCCAACAGACAUGCUCCACUAGUUGAGUUAGUGGAUGAAGACAUCGAAUCAAAUUGAACUCCAAGGAAGGUGCUAAUUUUUGCUUUCUUGGUUUUCUCCAAGAAAAGGUGUCUUUAUAGUUUGUUCAGCAUUCCAUGGACAUAGUUACAUGGCAGAUUGUGUCCACUUCCCCUAAAAACUGGACAUUACUAAAUUGUAAUAAAAGAUAAACAGCUAAGGGUCUGAUCCUGCAAUCCUUAGUGUAAAAUUCCUAUUGAGCAAUUACAUUUGCCUGAUUAGUGACUGCAGGAUCUGUCCUUAAAUUGGUAUUUACAGGUGUUUUUGUAGCGAUUGGAGACCAGCUUCCAAAGUAUUGGUUCUUGUCUACUUUGUCAUUAUGAGCUGCCUUAUUUUUCCCCUUAAACUUUCCUACAUUUCAGACUCCUUGUCAGGCAAUUUGAAAACUGACCAUGCUAGGCUUAUUUAAAUGAGUGCAUAAUAAUAAUAUCAUCCUUACUGAGGCAAAACGCCCAUAAAUGGCCUGAGUUUUGCCUGAGUAUUGAAUGCAGGAUUGGUCCCAUCACAUAUACUCUUAGCUAAGUCACUUUAUCUCUUGGUGCCUCUUGUUUAUCCAUUUGUAAAUGGGGAUAAGGGUGCUUAGUUACGUCACUCGGGGGUGGGAGGUGUGAGGGAGAUUGAAUUUCCAUAAUUAUUGUAAAAUACUUGGAAAAUCUCUGAUGAAAGGUGUUAUAGAAGGGAAAAGAAAUAUUAUUGCUAUAUUAAUCAAAACUGAAUCUGUUUUCAGGAUGGAUUAUUUUAUCUUGAGAGCUCAGAUUGUAAUACAGAAAGACUGUACAUUUAUUUAAUAUUAAAAUAUUUGUGCCAUAAUAAAAUACAUAUUUUAAAAUUCA